CGCUCCGUCUGACCCCCUCCUCCUCUUCUUCUUCCUCUUCCUCCUCUCUGCGGGAUGAGCGCGGCGGAGCUGGAGCGUGUGUCCCUGCACUCCGCGGGCGCGACCUCGGCAGGCUCUAGCGGCCGCGCGCUCUCCGCCAACGUGAAACGUCUGCACGACGCGCUGCACGCGCUGCUGGGCGACGCGGAGCGCGAGCAGUUCGUGCACUGCCUGAACGCGUACCACGCGCGGCGUAACGUGUACGACCUGGUGCGCACGCUGCGCGUGAUCCUGGACACGCCGCGCAAGCGGCAGCUGCUGCCCAUGCUGCGCCUGGUCAUCCCGCGCUCCGACCAGAUGCUCUUCGACCAGUACACCUCUGAGGGGCUCUACCUGAAGACGGAGCUGCUCACGAGCGCCGUGGUGGGCCCGGAGGACCCGGGUGACGCGCCGAGCGAGGCCGGGGAAGCGGAACCCCGCGCGCGUGUCCCGUCCGUGCACUUCGCGUCCGCGCAAGUGCUGCCCGAUUUCAGCACCGCGCCCGAACGGACAGCGCCCGCACUGCCGGACACGGCGCUGAGGCAGGAGGCGCUCGACGAGGUUCGCCAUGUGACCCUGAAGCGCAGCAAGAGCCACGAGGGCCUGGGCUUCAGCAUCCGCGGAGGGUCCGAGCACGGAGUCGGGAUCUACGUGUCUCUGGUAGAGCCCGGAUCGUCCGCGGAGAGAGAGGGACUGCGCGUGGGGGACCAGAUCAUCACCGUCAACGACAUGGUGUUCGACAGAGUCACUCACGGAGAAGCAGUCAAGGUGUUGAAAGGCUGUAAGAAGCUCUCGAUGUCCGUCUGUUCGAUGGGUCGGAUCCCCGGGGGCUACGUGACCAAUCACGUUUACACAUGGGUGGACCCUCAAGGCCGCAGCAUUUCCCCGCCCCCAGACCUAGUGGAGCAUGUCAACGGAGGAGGGCGACUCACCGACAGCCAGCGACGUGGACACGCACACACACCACACCAGGGGGCAGAGAGGAGGGUCAACAUUUCCUUGGAUGAUGGGCGCCCAUUGGGUCUGAUGAUACGUGGGGGAGCGGAAUAUGCCCUGGGCAUCUACAUCACCGGAGUGGAUCGGGGCUCAGCUGCAGAGUUCGGAGGUUUAAAGGUUGGAGAUCAGAUACUGGACGUGAAUGGGCGGAGUUUCCGCAGUAUCGCCCAUGAUGAGGCCGUCCAGAUCCUCAAGACCUCCCGCCACAUGCUGAUGACCAUAAAGGACGUGGGGCGGCUCCCGCACGCCCGCACCGUGGUAGAUGAGACCAAAUGGAUCCCCAGCCCCAAAAUCGCAGAGAGUUCAGCUGGCGCCACUACCCAGAGUCUAUCAGUAGACGUUGGAGCUGGGAGUUCAGGAAAGCCGGUGUGUUGUAAGGGUGUGGUGGCCCCAGCGCUGGUGGGAGCGCGGAGCUCUCUGGAGGAACAGGCCUAUCUGCUGCUAACCGAGGCUGAGAGACAGACCAUGAGCUACUACAUCCAGGAGUACCAGCAUGGUCAUAUCGGAGUGGAGCCUCUCGCCAUGGCCUUGUUCGAGCUCUUCAAUACACACGCCAAGCUCACCCUGCUGGCGGAGGUGCGCACGCUCGUCGCUGCACAGGAUCUGGAGCGCUUUGAUGGGCAGGUGCUGCACCGUGAGAUGGAGGCGUGGAGGGCGAGACAUGGAGGCCUGGGCCUGCUGCACCCUGACUCCAUCUGCAUCUCUCACCCCGAGAGUCAUGCCCCGUCUGCCUGCCAGCUGACCGCUCCAGCCACUGGCUAUGCUAAGAAUGAAUGCAGGAUGGAUGGAGGUGUGGUGGCAGGACCUGCUGGGGCUCUGAACUCCCUACCGGAUAUAGCUUUGGAUGAGGUACAGUCUUCGUCGGAGUCACCCCCUAAUUUCAGACCUCCUCCUCCUCCUGCUCCUGGCUCCAUCAGACACGGGAGUCCAAAGGGCCAGAUUAAACGGCCCUCGUCUAAGUUGUCCCACACCAACCUGCUCUUUUCCACCCCCUGCAGAAAACACCAGGAAAACCACCCGCAGAACCACGUGCACUCACACACGCACUCGCCCUGUUCAGGCCACACUUCUCCGUGCACCAUCCACCACACCUCCUCGCCCUGCUCCAUCCACGCCUCUCCUCCCCCCUGCUCCCUCCAUCACUCCUCUCCUUGCUCUGCUCAUCGCAACGCUGGCCCUCCAGUCGGCCCCCCAGCUAAAGACCUGGUCCAGUUCCUGAUGAGUCGGCAGGCGGCCGUGCUGUCCCCACACCCAGAGUCCCCCAGCCAGUCUCGGGCCGGCACCCCAACCCCCAGCCUGUCUCCUCGCUCGUCUCCAUCCCUCUCACCCUCGCUGCUGAUGCCUGCGCCGCCCCCCUGCAGCCCGGAGAAGCCAGAGACUUCAAGCCCCGCCCUCUCUCCUAGCCCCAGCUCUGCCCAGGCCCACAGACUCAACCUAGAGCCGGAGACAGCAGAGGAGCGGUCACAAGUGCAACCACGAGGCGCCACCCUCUCCCAGCUGUCUGACAGUGGACAGACCUUGAGUGAGGACAGUGGAGUGGACAUUGCGGAGGCAGGGGGGUUAAGUAAGGACGGCAGUCCCAGGCCUGGGAAGCCUUCCCCUCAGCAGGCCUCAGGGGACCCACGGGGGGCCGAGGGACCUACACAGGUUCCCAGUCAGCAGACAGGUCUACCUGAGCCUACGCUCGUAAGGGUGUCCAAGAGUGCCAAUACGCUGGGUAUCGCAGUGGAAGGAGGUGCGAACACCAGACAGCCUCUGCCACGUAUCGUCACCAUACAGAAGGGUGGCUCGGCACACCUCAGUGGACAGUUGCGGGUGGGGCAGGUGAUUCUGGAGGUCAACGGUGUGUCCCUCAAAGGCAUGGAGCAUCGAGACGCUGCGCGCCUCAUCGCCGAAGCCUUCAAGACCAAAGAGAAGGAUUACAUCGACUUCUUGAUUACAGACUUCAAUACUGCGCUAUAGGG